UUGCAAAUUUCGAAGAAAAUAAAUACCACCAUUUUCAACUGAUCUCUCUUCCACAUAUAUAUAGGAUUCUUGGGUAUGAUCUGCUCUCUCAUUCGUUUUCAGUUGAGUAAUUUCCUUUUGUUUUUAGAAACUCUGUAUUAAGCUAAUGGGGAAGCCUGGCCGUGAUAAACAAGCCAAAAACCAAGGAGCUUGGUCUAAGCAAGAAGACCAGAAACUCAUAGAUUAUAUUCGAAAACAUGGCGAAGGUUGUUGGAGUUAUCUUCCGCAGGCUGCAGGCCUACUUCGUUGUGGUAAAAGCUGUAGGCUAAGAUGGAUAAACUAUCUGAGGCCAGACCUUAAAAGAGGCAACUUUGCUGAAGAUGAAGAAGAUCUCAUCAUCAAGCUCCAUGCGCUCCUAGGAAACAGGUGGUCAUUAAUAGCGGGGAGAUUGCCUGGGCGUACAGACAAUGAAGUGAAGAACUAUUGGAAUUCUCAUCUAAGGAGAAAGCUUAUAAACAUGGGGGUUGAUCCAAAUAAUCAUCGUUUGAAACAGAAUCUCCUGCGCCCUCAUAACCCACCAAACCCUGCUAGUGCAUCAUCAUCUGGACUGAAAAUUCAGGCCAUACUGCAGCCAACAAAACCUCAUGUUGAUAAGGAUCAAGUAUCGGAUGCCUUAAGUUGCGUAGAGGAUGAUCCACGUGCCUUGCCUGACCUAAACCUUGAUCUCACGGCGAGCUUUCAUUAUCCUUCAAUCCCCCAAGUUGAAGGCAAUCCAAAGGAUUCGAGGCCACUAGAUAUUGCCCCUUCUCCCACGCUUCUUCUCUUUCAAUAAACAAUUAAAGACACCCGUUUAGGAGGGACUGAUGAUUGAGUUAAGCCUCAUUUUUAAAUCUUGAUUGUUUGGAAACAUCAUAUAUAGGGAGUUCCGUCUUCCGGAAACAUCAUGAGAAAUUAAAGAAGCAAGGCAACCUUACUGCAAGAUCAGAAGAUGCUAUGUGAAGAGUUGAUGGUUAAUUUCAGGUCACUAGCUAUUCAGAGAUGAGUGAUCCGUUGCUUGAUGUUACCCGAAGUUCUCGAUCAAGGCAUUGUUCAUUCACACUGGGCAUGGAUUCAUGAAGGUCGUAAUUAAUUAAUUGUCUGUCGCCAUGACAAAAUCGCUUAGUUGGACAUAAAUUAUGAUGAGCUAGAAUUGCAGAAAAUAUGCAUGAUUAAUAUUUGAAAAUUUGAUCCUUGUUCAUGUUUUUGGAUUUUGUUCUAUUGAGUAUGUCAUUCUGUUUUUACUUCCUUCAAUUCCUUGAUAAAUUUAAUCCCAAACCCUAUGGUA